UAUGUGCUUGCUCAAGAACUUCCUUUGCUCUUUCAGGAAGUGAACAUAGUCUACUGGGCUAAAUCCCUCCUGCAGAUGACUUAUGAGUACAUCAAUCAUGCUAUUUGUGAUGCAGUGGAUCUAUCCAGACCUGCCUGGAUUGCUAACAUUCCUCACUUGUGUUUUGUGGAAGCUGGACUUGCACUCAUUUAUUUGACUACAUCAAAGGGGCUGUCCACUAGUGCCAGCUCUGUGGUCACAGCAUAUCUUCUUGAAGAGAAGACUGAAUGUAGAGAUAGCAAGUUCAUGAAGUUCAUCCACAAUGUUCAAUAUUCUUCACUCCUUGAA